CCCCAGGAGGGACACCCCUGCUUUCUCGGCCCUCCCCUAGUGGCCCCCCUCCCUUCACCCCCCCCAGGACCAAACGUGCCCCCCCUGGAGGGAGAGUUUGAGCCGCUGAAGUUGAGGAAGUACCAGCUGACCUCUAUGGGGUCGCGGUCCAUGGACUCCUCCCCUCAGUCCCGGCCACGCAGCCCCUGGGGACACUUUGACCCUUACGACUCUGCAGAGGACAUGGACAGGGAGUAUGUGGGCUUUGCCACUCUACCUAACCAGGUACACAGGAAGUCAGUCAAAAAGGGUUUUGCCUUCACCCUCAUGGUAGCUGGAGAGUCUGGUCUGGGUAAAUCCACUCUGGUCAACAGUCUGUACCUUACAGACCUCUACAACAACAGGAAGGUGCUGAAUGCAGAGGAGCGGAUCGUGCAAACAGUGUUCAUCACCAAACACACCGUGGGUAUCGAGGAGAAGGGGGUCAGACUCAGACUCUCCAUCGUAGAUACACCAGGGUUUGGUGACGCUGUCAACAACACAGAGAGCUGGAAAGAGAUAGAGGACUACAUUGACCAGCAGUUUGAGCAGUACUUCAGAGACGAGAGCGGCCUGAACAGAAAGAACAUCCAGGAUAACAGAGUCCACUGCUGCCUCUACUUCAUCUCUCCCUUCGGACAUGGCCUGCGACCAUUGGAUGUGGAAUGUAUGAGGGCUCUGCAUGACAAGGUGAACAUAGUCCCUGUUCUGGCCAAAGCUGACAGCCUCACACCCACUGAGGUCCGCAGGAAGAAGAUGAAGAUCCGAGAGGAGAUGGAGAAGUUUGGCAUCAACAUUUACCAGUUCCCAGACUGUGAAUUUGAUGAAGAUGAGGAGUUUAAACAGCAGGAGCAGCUGCUCAAGGACAGUAUUCCUUUUGCUGUAAUAGGCAGUAACAUCCAGGUUGAGAGUAAAGGACGCAAGUUCAGAGGUCGGCUCUACCCCUGGGGUGUAGUGGAAGUGGAGGACCCGGCCCACAGUGAUUUCCUGCUGCUGAGGAACAUGUUGGUGAAGACUCACAUGCAGGACCUGAAGGAUGUCACCAGAGAGACACACUACGAGAACUACAGAGCACAGUGUAUACAGAACAUGACACGCAUGGUGGUGCAGGAGAGGAAACGCAGCUUGCGUGAUAAGAUUCAGAGUGAGAGCAGCGCUGACUUCCCCAUGACCCCACUCCCACUGGCCCCUGUAGACCGCGAGACAGAGAGGCUCAUCUGGGAGAAGGACGAGGAGUUGAGGAGGAUGCAGGAGGUGUUGGAGAGGAUCCACGAGCAGAUGCAACAAGGACAGAAACCAGACUACUGAUUUACCAACAAUCCUCCUGGGCCUCUGAGGUCCAUUCCCGUAGACACCUAAAAAGGGAAGGAGGGAAUUUGCGUCAGAGGAAGAAACGUGACAACCUCACUCAAACCAGCACCAUUCUCCUCAUUGGUGUAUCAGCCUUCGAGGUCUCCAUGGAGAUGAGAUGGGGGGCAGGAAUCCUCUGCAGCUGAAUAUUCUGAACCCAUGUCAUUUUUGUCCCUGAGAAAUAAGGAGGUCCUGUAAACGUUGUUAGUAAAUGCUGUGGCCUAGUCUUGAUUUACCGUCAUACCUGAGGUGUCAACGUAGACCGUUUGAAGUGUCAGAAAGAAAGAAGCAGCACAAACCGUGUGUAGUAAAUGUAAUAUGAUUUAUUAAGAAUCUUCAUUUAUUAUUUGUUUUCAUCGUACUUUUGUCCUAAUGAAUAGUUUGUAGUACUGUUGUUAUCUUUAAACAUGGUGGACAGUUGGAUCCAAAAAGGCAGCCCAAAGUGUACAGGCGAUAUAUAACUUCAACUUUCUCCAUAGGGAAAACAUCUGUGUUUUUAUAUUUAUAUAUAAUAACAUUGUAGCAUGAGGUCCAAGAUCCUGCCCACAUUAUACAAUAUACAUGGUCCCAGAAAGAAACAUACAAAAAAAAAAACUACAUUGAAACGGAACCUAAAUCGCAAUCUACAUGCAAGGUUAAAGAGUAAAGUACACACACGUAUAUGCAAAACAACGUGCAUACAAUCACACAUAUACAAAAAUACACCCAUACGUACCUACACAAAUAUUAGAAAAGUCAAACAUCAGAGUGUUCUAAAGAGAAAAUAUUUAGUCCCCCCCCCUCACGUUUCAGUCGCUCUCCUACCAAACACACACACUUGAACACAAAAGGGACAUCACACCCACUGCUUUUCUGCUUGCUCUCAGAUCAUCUCCGGGUGUAGAUCAAGGUUGUCACAGUGCUAUGGUUGAAGGAGAAUGUUAUGACUGAUUACACACCGACAGGAGCGCGCUGCAUGCACACACACACACACACACACACACACGUCAAAAUGCUACAACAGAAAUAGAACCAUGCACCAGGAACUGUAGAUUUAUCCACCAUAGUGUAGAAUAGAAAACCUACUGAAUAUAGGCAUACGCGCACACACACACACACACACACCUGAAACAACCAGUAGGACCAUAUGAGAUUGCUUACAUACAUAUAUGAUGGUGACUCGAACGUAGUCAGACAUGCAUAGGCUGGCAAAGGGGCAUAUAAUUCACUAGCUCUCUCACACAUACACAGCAGGUAUGCUAUGUGUCCAGCCCCCAGAGCUGUUCCCUUGUUCUAACACCAGGAUAAGGUUUUCAGUGGCUAUGAUGGGAGACGGGCAGCAGGGGGGGCUAUUGAGCAGGAGAAGAGCAGUCCUGGAUGAGGCUGCAACGUUGUGUUACGGUUUUAUGAAUGAAUGAGUAGGACCCCUGAUGCCUGAGUGAAUAUUCAUCUUACGUUAGUGCGUCUGAGGAAAUGAGAGAGGGAACGAGAAAGACUGGCGGCGGGUAGACUGAACCUGUGUCUACAGGUGACUGCUACCCAAAGCAGGCUCUGGCUAUAACAGGAAUCAGUGUCCUCGAGAACAAUUCGUGUAUGAGGUCAUCCAUGGGUCUGUCCCAAAUGGCAUCCUAUUUCCUAUUCACUUCCUAUUUUGACUAGGGCCCAUAGUAGUGCACUAUAUAUGGAAUUAGGUACAAUUUGGGUGCUACCCAUAAGUCUUGAGAGUUAAUGUUCUGGGGAGGAAUGUUCUGGUCACAAAUCCUGUAGUCUGAAUCAACCUGAUCAUGUACUCCUUGGUACCUGGGAUCAAUGAGCACCAACGGCUUCACUCGCUCUUUCUCUUCCUGCCCUCUCCGUCAGAUUGUGAUUUGAGUCCAGGGUUGCAUUCAGUACGACAGAACGGUGUGCAACGUUGAAUUCAGCGGAAACUGUACUGAACGACCAGUUGAUAAGCUUUGUGAUUACAGAGGCAAAGAGGGCGAUUAAUAUAUGGUGUUGCUGCAUGAGUUUUGCGAUUUCAAAUGGUCACACCCAUAUUGAUCAGGCCACACCUCGCUAUACUCACCAAACGGGAGCAAACGUUGAAUGGUACAAAUGUCACACUGUGUGGCAAAUGUUGAAGCGAACUGUUGCACCCUCCCUCUCUCUCUGUCGCACCCUCCCUCUCUCUCUGUCGCACCCUCCCUCUCUCUCUGUCGCACCCUCCCUCCCUCUCUGUCGAACCC